GUGUAGUAAGGUCACACAGAGGCAGUUUACAGCAGCUAACACAGCUACUUAAAGUCAGUUUAUGUUAUAGAUGAGUUUUAUGAUCGAUUAACGAUCUGACGUUUCACCAACACCAACGGUUUGACCAGCGGAGGCGGUUUAAAUCCGUUACCAGUCAGUAACAGUCAAACAUCAGACCCUGUAUCAGUCUGCUCUGCAUCAUCAUCACCUGAAAACCUCACACCGAUUCUCAGCCAAUCAGAGCUCCUCCUGCUCCCUGCAUCCACCCAACCCCACCCUGCUCUGGGCAACAAGGCUGUUUGUAGGAUCAGAUCCUGAAAAAUCAACAGGAAGAAAAACAAAGCUGAGCGUUGUGGUGUGUUCAGGGUCCACUGUGUUCAACUGUAGCUCCAGAUUUACACUCAUGAUGCAUUCAGGAUGUGUCUGAAAUCAUAAAUUUGACACUAGAGGAAGCUCAGUGAACUGCUGAUAGCUGAAUCUGUUUUAUAAAAUCUGCUCUGACAGUGAAGGUUUUCUCCUUCACUUCAUUCUCUUCAGACUGAAACUAGUGUUUUUCAGAGGAACUGCAGCUGAAGAUUUUCCAGUUCUGGUGUCAACAUGUUUUUCUAGCCUCCUGCUCAGCUGGUUUCUGACUCCUCUCUGUUCCUAAAGGAGAAACUUUAGUCUCGUGAGUUCGAGUUCGUCCGAUGUCUCGUCACAGUAAGCUGCAGAAGCAGGUCCUGGCUCUGUACCGGCACUUCCUCCGGGCCGGUCGGGACAAACCGGGCUUCAUCCCCCGAAUCCGAGACGAGUUCAGGGAGAACGCUCGCAUCAAGAAGACGGACGUGAUGCACAUCGAGUAUCUGUACCGGCGAGGACAGCGGCAGCUGGAGCAGCUGAAGGACGUCAACACCAAACAGCUGGGCUCCUUCUCCAAACCCAAAGACCAGAGCUGACCUCUGACCUGAACCACGUCACGUGUCUUCGAACGACACCAACAAAUACCUCCUAAAGACUUGGUUAUUACCAAAAUGUCAUACUGAGAUGUUGUGUUCAAGUCCAGUGGGGAAACUAAAGCUCAGUAUGAAGAGAACAUGCAAUGUGAUAAAAGUCAAAUGAUUGUGUUGGAUGUUUGGAAAGCUGUGCUUUUUUUUG